AUGCCUCUCUGGCGCAUCUUUUCCCACCCGUCGAUCUUCACCUCGGCCCAGAGAGAGGGCAUCUCCAAGGCCAUCACCGACCUCUACGUCUCGCGCGGCCUCCCGCCCUUCUAUGUCGUCGUCAUAUUCGUCGACGUGGACGAGAAGGGGAUCUUCGUCGGCGGCGAAUCCAAGAACAAUUUCGUGAGGAUUGUGGUGGAGCAGAUCGCCAGGGUGAUGAUGGGGCCCGAGACCGAGGAGGGGAAAGCGAGGAGAAAGGCGUGGAUGGAUCGAAUCAAUGAUGUCUUGAAACCGUACAUCAUCGACAGAGCCGAGUUGGAAUGGGAACUGCACAUCUAUGAGACGCCCCGUGAUCUCUGGAGAAUCCAGGGAUUGGAUCCUCCCCCGCCAUUCUCCGAGGCGGAGAAGCUGUGGGCGGAGAAGAACAAGGCUAUCCCGUACGAAGCCGAGCAGUCGUGAUUCUA